AUGGGGAACAAAGAAAUGGCCGAGGAACUGAAUACAGCAUUUGCACCAGUCUUCAUUGUAGCAGACAAGAACUUUGAGAGGGUCAGGGGACAGACAUUGUUCUUCAGAGCAAUGAGUUCUCCCUCACUGUGGAUGCUGCUUGUUGAGUGUAUUUUUGUACAUGCACCUUUCUUAGAAGGAAACACUGACCCAUUUGAUGCCUGUCAGAAAUGCGACCCUGACAACGUCUGCAACUAUUCAUCGAUGAAGCUACAGAAAGUUCCAUGUGUAUUGGAAAAUGUACUGGAGUUUAAUCUGUCUCACAACAAAAUCUCACAGAUUAUGGACACCGAUUUCAUAAUAUAUGUGAAACUCAAAAGACUUGUAUUGCAAUCAAAUCGAAUCCGGUCCAUUACUGAGCACUCAUUUCAGCGUAACACAGACCUGGAGUACCUUGACUUGUCGAGUAACCUUCUGACGCACCUGUCACCACAUUGGUUUAAACAUCUUUCCAAAUUACAAUACCUUAACAUUUUAGGAAAUAAUUACACAGAUUUGGGAUCAGGAAGAAUUUUCUCAAAGCUGUCAAAGCUCAAAUGGCUAGAAUUUGGCAAUCCUUCUCUCUCUAUUCUAAAGGAAGAUGACUUUGUAGGAGUUACACAUCUGGAUGAGUUUAUUGUAACAGCAGAUAAAUUACUGAUGUAUGAGAAUGGGAGCUUCAGUUCAUUCAGAAGUAUAAAUCAUGCUAGCUUAAGGCUGCCUUAUACAAUCCUGAAUGAACCAAGUCAAGCUCAGCAGAUAUUUGUCGAUUUAUCAGGAUCCACCACCCACAUGGAGCUGAGAGACUUAGUAUUUCCAGACAAAGCUGACAAGCAGCCAUUUUUACCAAUACAUAAUUCAUCUCUGAGAAAAUUCACUCUCAGAAAUACUUUUCUGACUGAAAAUGCUGUGAUUAAUUUUAUAAAUUCAAUGGCGAGCACAAAAUUAUCUGAACUAGUAGUGCUAGACAGUAAAUUUUCAGGAGUCGGGAAUUGGGAGGGAAUAGACAAUAUAAAAGAUAAUUCUUUAAAUACAGUAAUAUUAAAUAAUAUAUCCAUUAGACACUUCUAUUUAUUCCAUGACCUUUUAGGUAUCAGUGGUCUAUUUAAAUUUGUUAAAAAUGCUACAUUUACAAAACUAACGAUGUUCCUGAUGUCUUGCACUGUAUCCAAACAGCUAAAUAGUAUGGAGUACCUUGAUUUAACAGACAAUUUGUUAAAUGAUAGGAGUUUAAAAGAAACUCUCUGUUCAGGAGCUUUGCCUUCACUGCGUUAUCUUAUUCUGAGAAAAAAUCAUUUCAGAUCCCUGGAUAGAAUAAGCCAAAAAUUCACUCAACUUUCUAAACUUAUCUAUUUAGAUUUGAGCCAGAAUAGAUUCAGAGACAUAAAAACUUCAUGCAAAUGGUCUGAAAAGCUUCAAUUUCUAAACCUUUCGAGCUGUGAUAUCAAAAGUGUAAAAGAAUGUGUCCCUCCAAAUAUUGAAGUGUUGGAUUUAAGUAACAAUAUUAUCAGCAGUUUUGCUGUCCAUCUGCCUUCUCUCAAAGAAUUAAAUUUGUCCAAUAAUAAAUUGAAAAGUUUACCAGGUGAUGGCUACUUACCAAAGAUGGAAAUUCUGAAGAUCAGCAGCAAUAAACUCACUUCUCUGACAGCUGAAGAAAUCAAGACAUUUCAGAAACUUAAAUUUUUAGAAGCUGGAAAGAAUAAUUACAUUUGUUCAUGUGAAUUCCUGUUCUAUAUGAAUAAUGCCAUAACAGUGCAACUAUUGGACCGAGCAGAAAAUUACAUUUGUGAUUCACCUUUAAUUCUCAGGGGAAAGGUGGUACAAAACACUACGCGCUCUUUUUUUGACUGUCACAAAACAUUGUCCCUAGCCUUACUGUGUGUUGGCACAAUUUCAGCAGUAACCAUUGCAGUGGUGAUGUGCUACAGAUAUCACGUGUUCUGGUACAUCCAAAUGACAUGGGCCUGGCUAAAGGCAAAGAGGAAACCAAAGAAAGUGAGAAAGAAUAACAUUUGUUAUGAUGCAUUUGUCUCUUAUAGUGAGAUGGACUCAGAAUGGGUGGAGAACUUACUGGUAAGAGAGUUAGAAAGCGCUCAUCCACCGCUGACACUCUGCCUUCAUAAGCGUGAUUUCAUCCCAGGCAAGUGGAUAAUGGAUAAUAUUAUUGAGUCCAUUGAGAAAAGCAGGAAAACCCUCUUUGUUUUGUCUGAACACUUUGUCCAAAGUGAGUGGUGCAAGUAUGAGCUUGACUAUACUCAUUUCCGUCUCUUUGAUGAAAACGAUGAUACGGCCAUCCUUGUUCUGUUAGAGAUGAUUCCAAAGGAAACCAUUCCGCAAAGAUUCUGCAAGCUGAGGAAACUGAUGAAUACAAAGACCUACUUGGAAUGGCCUCAGGAUGAAGUGGAACAGCAGAACUUCUGGCUGUCUUUAAAAAUAGCAUUAAAAGAAGAACCAAAUGAAACUGAUGAGAAUUAGAUUUACAGUAUGUUUACAAAAUGAUUAAUCUUAAACUAAUUAAUUUAGA